GGAGAAUAUAUAUACAAACAGACAAGAAGCUAUACGAGAGCAACAUUAACUGACGAGUUGCAAAUUACAGAAAACUGGAAGAAGCUAAUUGAGCAUGGGUAGAUUUCUGUUAUCUUCGACCAUUGAACCUGCAAUCGCAGUGGCGAUGUGUGUGGCUGCAAUAUCAAUGUACACCACCGCCAGUAGAUGCGUUGAUGGACAGAGAGAAGUACUCCUCAAGUUUAAACACAACAUUCUUGACGAGUACGACGAGCUACGCUCUUGGGGCAACCACACUGAUUGCUGCUUCCAUUGGGCUGGAGUUGGGUGUGAUAACGCUACUGGUCAUGUCAUCCACAUUGGUUUUUCUGUUAUGGGUGAUAGGAAGAGUUUGGAACGAGUGGAAGAAGAAAUUGCUCAUAGGAGUAACAGUUCAUGGUCGAAGCAUCAUGGGGUGAUUGCUGAGGAUCUCAUUUGUCUACAGCCAAUAAAGCUUAUAUGUAUUUCUCAUUUUCAACUCUGAUUAAAGACAUACUAUGUUCCAACAUUGCUUCGAUCAUUAAACUUUUAUGUUUUAAACAGUCAGAAGUUCACUAUUAUUAAAAUGACAUUGAUAAAUAAAAAAAUAUAACAAAUGCAGAA